AAUCAGGUGUUUUAAAUCCUUUAACUCUCUCACUCCGAUUGAUUGACUCCCUCAUCAGUGCACUGACCUCUGAACUCGGGAGAUGAUUGAGAUGCACCCAGAGAUUUAGUCUGCAUUGAAUUUUGAAAAUUAUUCGCUUUCUGUUAAUUAUUCUCAUCUUAAACAGGACAAAGAAAGAAAAACUCCUGCUGAAGUAACGGAGAUCCACACGACACAGUUAUAAAGAUGGAGUUUAUUAAAGAGGAAAGUGAAGACAUAAAGAUUGAAGACACAUUCAGAGUCAAACAUGAAGAAGAUACUGGGGAUCAAACAAAGAUGGAGUUUAUUAAAGAGGAGAAUGAAGACAUUAAGAUUGAAGAAGUAUUCAGCCUGAAGCAUGAAGAUACUGAGGAACAAACAGACUUGAUGACACUGAAAGUGGAGAGUCAAGAACUCUGUGAAAAGGAAGAUAGUAUUCAGCAUGAGAAAUAUAAUUUCAUGACUGGAGAAAAAUCAUUUAUUUACACACAGACUGAAAAGAUGUUACAAAAUAGAAACACAGCUCAAAACACAGCAAAUAGAAGUUAUUUCUCCUGCCAACAGUGCGGGAACGGUUUCACCAGAAAACAAAAUCUCAUUGACCACAUGAGAAUUCAUACUGGAGAGAAACCUUUCACCUGCCAACAGUGCGGCAAAAGUUUCAAUAGAAAAGGAACCCUUAACAACCACAUGAGGAUUCAUACUGGAGAGAGACCAUUCACCUGCAAACUGUGUGGAAAGAGCUUCAUUCGAAAAACACACCAUAACAACCACAUGAGAAUUCAUACCGGAAAGAAACCUAACACGUGUUCUCAAUGUGGAAAAAGUUUUGCAUAUAAACGAAACCUCAUUGACCACAUGAGGAUUCACACUCGAGAGAAACCUUUCACAUGCAAACAGUGUGGACAGAGCUUCAUUAGUAAAUCAAACCUUAAAAAACACACAAGAAUUCAUACUGGAGAGAAGCCUUUCACCUGCAAAGUGUGUGGAAAGAGCUUAAUUCGAAAAUCAAACCUUAACAACCACAUGAAAAUUCACACUGGCGAGAAACCUUUCACUUGCAAACUGUGUGGAAAGAGCUUCAUUGUAAAAUCAAACCUUAACAACCACAUGAAAAUUCACACUGGCGAGAAACCUUUCACCUGCAAACUGUGUGGAAAGAGCUUCAUUGUAAAAUCAAACUUUAACAACCACAUGAAAAUUCACACUGGAGAGAAACCUUUUACCUGCAAACAAUGUGGAAAAAGUUUCAACAGAAAAGGAUCCCUUAACAACCACAUAAGAAUUCAUACUGGAGAGAAACCUAACACAUGUUCUCAAUGUGGAAAAAGUUUUGCGCGUAAACAAACCCUCAUUGAACACAAGAGGAUUCAUUCUGGAGAGAAACCUUUCACCUGCAAACUGUGUGGAAAGAGCUUCAUUCGAAAACCAGUGCUUAAAUACCACAUGAUAAGUCACAGUAAAGAGAAACCUUACACAUGUUCCUAAUGUGGAAAAAGUUUUACACAUAAACAAUGCCUCAAAGUCCACAUGAAAAUUCAUACUGGAGAGAAACCUUUCACCUGCCAACAAUGUGGAAAGAGCUUCACUAGAAGAGGAACCUUUAAAAAACACUGAAAAGAGAAGCUGUUUACAUGUGAACAGAGCAGGGAUGAAUGAUUACUUCAAAAGAAUAUUCAAACCAUUCUCACUCAGCCUCAAAUGCCAUUGCAACGCAACACCUAUGUUAAUCAUCUGUACAGCAGUUCUGGUUUUGUUUUUAGCAGCACUAGUGGAAACAACACAAGACCUUGUGGAGGACUACAUGGCUG